AUGUCUUUCUCAUUUGGCUUCAGCGGCGACGACAUCGAGGACGACGGCGAGGAUGGACUUGUGGACGACAUGUCCAAGCAUCAGAUCUCAGAGCACGCAACAUCCAAUGUUAUCGCCACGCUUCAGCCCAAGAAGCAUGCUUUGCAAGAAAUGCUUCUCUCCAUCCCAUCUCAACUCUCAUACAACACACUGAGAAUACCAAUACCACUCCCACCAUCCUCAGCAACAUCGGCAUCAACCUCAACCUCAACACCAUACAUCUCUUCUCAUCAUGAUAAGACCUCCCAUUCAUCACCUUCAAUCCUCCGACGAUCACUAUUCGACAUACGAGCACAACUCAUGGCCGAAGCCGACAUGGACCUGACCAACACUGAACCAACAUCCCCAUCGAAUUCAACAUGGACGACAAACCUCCUCUCCGGCCUUGAAAACGGCGAUUUGACAUCAGGAAUCUACGAAGGUGGAUUCAAGACCUGGGAAUGUGCACUAGAUUUAGCCGGUCUAUGUUCAAGACUAGAUAUCUCCAUAGAAGGGGGUUUGAACAUCAUCGAACUCGGUGCAGGAAGUGCCAUCCCGUCGUUGGUCGUAUUACAAUCGAUGCUAGCGAUGGCACGGACGAUAGACUCAAACAAGAAGGAUGCGGCCGCGGCGCUUUCGCUCACUCUGUGCGACUACAACGAAGACGUUUUGAGAUUAGCUACCGCGCCGAAUUUGUUGCUGAACUAUGCGCAGCAAUGUCAGUUGGUUGAUUCACUCUCUCCACCGACGUCGUCAUCGUCGUCGUCGUCUUCGACGAUUGCACAAGGCCAAGAUCCCCUCGACGAAGGAGACCUCGACAUGGACGACCUUGGCGAAGACUACAUCUCUAGAGUUGAGACCGGUCUUAGAGAUCGAAACAUCUCGAUCGACUUUAUCUCGGGUGGAUGGGGUCCGGAGUUUGUGGAUCUGAUCCUACCACCUCCCUCGACAUCGACAUCGACAUCGACAUCAACAUCAGCCACCCCUCCAUCGCCUUGCAGGAAUCUACUGAUUCUAGCCUCUGAGACCAUUUAUUCACCUUCUGCAACGGCGAUUUUCGCUGAUACUGUUAUUCGUCUGCUGCGUCGGCAUCGUGAAUUAUAUCCGACGGGAAGUGCAAGAGCUUGGAUUGCAGCGAAAAAAGUGUAUUUUGGUGUCGGUGGUGGAGUUGAUGAUUUUAAGGAUCAGGUUCAGAGUCUGGGUGGAUGUGUUGCGGGUUUGACGGAGACGAGUGAUACGGGCGUCGGGCGUGUGAUUAUCGAAGUUACGGUUGUAGAAGAUUGAGCACCAUGUCACAUGUAGAGCAUCAUGGAAUCCAAGUGAUA